UGCAAGCUCAGGAUUCCAAUCAAUGCAUUCCAGCAACCCUAAAGUGAGGAGCUCUCCAUCAGGAAACACGCAGAGUAGCCCUAAGUCAAAGCAGGAGGUGAUGGUCCGUCCCCCUACAGUGAUGUCCCCAUCUGGAAACCCCCAGCUGGAUUCCAAAUUCUCCAAUCAGGGUAAACAGGGGGGCUCAGCCAGCCAAUCCCAGCCAUCUCCCUGUGACUCCAAGAGUGGGGGCCAUACCCCUAAAGCACUCCCUGGCCCAGGUGGGAGCAUGGGGCUGAAGAAUGGGGCUGGAAAUGGUGCCAAGGGCAAGGGGAAAAGGGAGCGAAGUAUUUCCGCCGACUCCUUUGAUCAGAGAGAUCCUGGGACUCCAAACGAUGACUCUGACAUUAAAGAAUGUAAUUCUGCUGACCACAUAAAGUCCCAGGAUUCCCAGCACACACCACACUCGAUGACCCCGUCAAAUGCUACAGCCCCCAGAUCUUCCACCCCUUCCCAUGGCCAAACUACUGCUCCAGAGCCCACACCUGCUCAGAAGACUCCAGCCAAAGUGGUGUAUGUGUUUUCUACUGAGAUGGCCAAUAAAGCUGCAGAAGCUGUAUUGAAGGGCCAGGUUGAAACUAUCGUCUCUUUCCACAUCCAGAACAUUUCUAACAGCAAGACAGAGAGAAGCACAGCCCCUCUGAACACACAGAUACCUGCCCUUCGGAAUGAUCCGAAACCUCUCCCACCACAGCCCCCAGCUCCCACCAGCCAGGACCAGAACUCUUCCCAGAACACUAGACUGCAACCAACUCCACCCAUUCCGGCACCAGCACCCAAGCCUGCUGCACCCCCACGUCCCCUGGACCAGGAUAGUCCUGGGGUAGAAAAUAAACUGAUUCCUUCUGUCGGUAGUCCUGCCAGCUCCACUCCACUGCCCCCAGAUGGUACUGGGCCAAACUCUACACCGAACAACCGAGCAGUUACCCCUGCCUCCCAGGGGAGCAACGGCUCUUCAGCAGAUCCCAAAGCCCCUCCACCCCCACCUGUGUCAAGUGGCGAGCCCCCUGCACUGGGGGAGAACCCUGAUGGCCUAUCUCAGGAGCAGCUGGAGCACCGGGAGCGCUCCCUCCAGACUCUUAGAGACAUCCAGCGUAUGCUUUUCCCUGAUGAGAAAGAAUUCACAGGAGCACAAAGUGGGCCACCCCCACAGAACACUGGGGUAUUAGAUGGGCCUCAGAAAAAACCAGAAGGGCCAAUACAGGCCAUGAUGGCUCAAUCCCAAAGCCUAGGUAAGGGACCUGGGCCCCGGACGGACGUGGGAGCUCCAUUUGGCCCUCAGGGACAUAGAGAUGUGCCCUUUGCUCCAGAUGAAAUGGUUCCACCUUCUAUGAACUCCCAGUCUGGGCCCAUAGGACCCGACCACCUGGACCACAUGACUCCGGAGCAGAUAGCAUGGCUGAAGCUGCAGCAGGAGUUUUAUGAAGAGAAGAGGAGGAAGCAGGAACAAGUGGUGGUCCAGCAGUGCUCCCUGCAGGACAUGAUGGUCCAUCAGCACGGGCCUCGGGGCGUGGUCCGUGGGCCUCCCCCUCCAUACCAGAUGACUCCUAGUGAAGGCUGGGCACCUGGGGGUGCAGAACCAUUUUCUGAUGGUAUCAACAUGCCACAUUCACUGCCCCCGAGGGGCAUGGCUCCCCACCCCAACAUGCCGGGGAGCCAGAUGCGCCUCCCUGGAUUUGCAGGAAUGAUUAACUCUGAGAUGGAAGGGCCAAAUGUGGCCAACCCAGCAGCUAGACCUGGUCUUUCUGGAGUCAGUUGGCCAGAUGAUGUGCCAAAAAUCCCAGAUGGUAGAAAUUUUCCUUCUGGCCAGGGCGUCUUCAGUGGUCCUGGCCGAGGGGAACGCUUCCCAAAUCCCCAAGGACUGUCUGAAGAGAUGUUUCAACAGCAGCUGGCAGAGAAACAGCUGGGGCUCCCCCCAGGGAUGGGCAUAGAAGGCAUCAGGCCCAGCAUGGAGAUGAGCAGGAUGAUCCCAGGCACCCAGCGCCACAUGGAGCCUGGGAGCAACCCCAUUUUCCCUCGAAUACCAGUUGAGGGCCCUCUGAGUCCUUCUAGGGGUGACUUUCCAAAGGGAAUGCCUCCGCAGAUAGGCUCUGCUCGGGAACUGGAGUUUGGGAUGGUUCCUGGUGGGAUGAAGGGAGAUGUCAACCUGAGUGUCAGCAUGGGGUCCAACUCUCAGAUGAUACCUCAGAAGAUGAGAGAGGCUGGGGCGGGCCCUGAGGAGAUGAUGAAACUGCGCCCGGGUGGCUCGGACGUGCUGCCCGCUCAGCAGAAGCUGGUGCCCCUGCCAUUUGGCGAGCACCCCCAGCAGGAGUACGGCGUGGGCCCCAGGCCCUUUCUUCCCAUGUCUCAGGGUCCAAGCAGCAGCAGUGGCUUGCGGAACCUCAGAGAACCAAUGGGGCCCGACCAAAGGACUAACAGCCGGCUCAGUCACAUGCCACCACUACCUCUCAACCCUUCCAGCAACCCCAGCAGCCUCAACACAGCUCCUCCCGUUCAGCGUGGCCUGGGGCGGAAGCCCUUGGAUAUAUCUGUGGCAGGUGGCCAGGUGCAUUCCCCAGGCAUUAACCCUCUGAAGUCUCCCACAAUGCACCAAGUCCAGUCCCCAAUGCUGGGCUCACCCUCGGGGAACCUGAAGUCCCCCCAGACUCCAUCGCAGUUGGCAGGCAUGCUGGCAGGCCCGGCUGCUGCUGCUUCCAUUAAGUCCCCGCCUGUCUUGGGGUCUGCUGCUGCUUCGCCUGUCCACCUCAAGUCUCCAUCACUUCCUGCCCCAUCACCUGGAUGGACCUCUUCUCCAAAACCUCCCCUUCAGAGUCCUGGGAUUCCUCCAAACCAUAAAGCACCCCUCACCAUGACCUCCCCAGCCAUGCUGGGAAGUGUAGAGUCAGGUGGGCCCCCGCCUCCUACAGCCAGCCAGCCUGCCUCUGUGAAUAUCCCUGGAAGUCUUCCCUCUAGCACACCUUACACCAUGCCUCCAGAGCCAACCCUCUCUCAGAACCCACUCUCUAUUAUGAUGUCUCGAAUGUCCAAGUUCGCAAUGCCCAGUUCUACCCCGUUGUACCACGAUGCCAUCAAGACUGUGGCCAGCUCAGAUGAUGACUCCCCUCCAGCUCGUUCUCCCAACUUGCCAUCAAUGAAUAAUAUGCCAGGAAUGGGCAUUAAUACACAGAAUCCUCGAAUUUCAGGUCCAAAUCCCGUGGUUCCGAUGCCAACCCUCAGCCCAAUGGGAAUGACCCAGCCACUUUCUCACUCCAAUCAGAUGCCCUCUCCGAAUGCUAUGGGACCCAACAUACCUCCUCAUGGGGUCCCAAUGGGACCUGGCUUGAUGUCACACAAUCCUAUCAUGGGGCAUGGGUCCCAAGAGCCACCGAUGGUACCUCAAGGACGGAUGGGCUUCCCCCAGGGUUUCCCUCCAGUACAGUCUCCCCCACAGCAGGUUCCAUUCCCUCACAAUGGCCCCAGUGGGGGACAGGGCAGCUUUCCAGGAGGGAUGGGCUUCCCAGGAGAAGGCCCCCUUGGCCGCCCCAGCAACCUGCCCCAAAGUUCAGCAGAUGCAGCACUUUGCAAGCCUGGAGGCCCCGGGGGUCCUGACUCCUUCACUGUUCUUGGGAACAGCAUGCCUUCGGUGUUUACAGACCCAGAUCUACAGGAAGUCAUCCGUCCUGGAGCCACAGGAAUACCUGAGUUUGAUCUAUCCCGCAUUAUUCCAUCAGAGAAGCCUAGCCAGACACUGCAAUAUUUCCCUCGAGGGGAAGUCCCAGGCCGGAAACAGCCCCAGGGCCCUGGACCUGGGUUUUCACACAUGCAGGGGAUGAUGGGGGAGCAGGCCCCCAGAAUGGGACUAGCAUUACCUGGCAUGGGAGGUCCAGGGCCAGUGGGAACUCCGGACAUCCCUCUUGGUACAGCUCCAUCCAUGCCAGGCCACAACCCCAUGAGACCACCAGCCUUUCUCCAGCAAGGCAUGAUGGGACCUCACCAUCGGAUGAUGUCACCAGCACAAUCUACAAUGCCCGGCCAGCCCACCCUGAUGAGCAAUCCAGCUGCCGCUGUGGGCAUGAUUCCUGGCAAGGAUCGGGGACCCGCAGGGCUCUACACUCACCCUGGGCCCGUGGGCUCUCCAGGCAUGAUGAUGUCCAUGCAGGGCAUGAUGGGACCCCAACAGAACAUCAUGAUCCCCCCACAGAUGAGGCCCCGGGGCAUGGCUGCUGAUGUGGGCAUGGGUGGAUUCAGCCAAGGACCUGGCAACCCAGGAAACAUGAUGUUUUAAGCUGCUAAGAUUGGAUGUGCUGAUCCUUGUCAAGAUGAGAUUCCAGGUCCUGAGAGCUGCUUUGAGGGAGUUCCAGGAGCACCCACUAUUGGUCAUGCAAUAGGAGAACCAAGACCCGAGGGCUGCUUUGGGGGUGGGGGGCACUCGAGAAUGUAUGGAUUUACCUGAAAUUAUUCAUUUAA